AUGGGAACUUGUGCAUCAUCUGCUCAAUAUACAAACAAAAGUGGUAACCAAAGUUGGCAAUCCACGGUGAGCAUAGUUAAGUUAGAUGGAAAUUUGCAACAAUUGAAGAAGCCAAUAAAAGCAUGGCAUGUUCUUUCUCAGAACCCAAACUGCUUCAUCUGUUGCUCAGAAUCCAUGUAUGUUGGCUCACCAAUGCUUCCUAUCCCUCCAAAUGACGAGCUUCAAUUGGGUCAUAUAUACUUCAUUAUGCCACUUUGCAAAUCCCGAUUGUCACUUUCUCUGCAGGACUUGUGCGGGUUUGCCAUCAAGGCUAAUGCAGCUCUUGCUUCUUCAAAAGCCAAUUACUCAAUCUCAAAAUCCAAAUCUUCCUCACAAAGAAGUUUUCGCACGCACCCAACUCUUUCAAAUGUUUCUCUAGGAUAUUCCCAUUAG